UUAUCAUAGCCUUGUAGUAUACCUUCAAAUAAUCUGGCAUCGGUAGAUAUUACUCGAACUCUCUCUAGAAAUAAUUUAUAGUUAGUAAAUUGGAUCUUUGGCUAUGGUAAAAACAUUUGAUUGAUGAUUAUACGUACUCUCUAUAUAGUCUUUAAGGUCUGACAUCUUUAAUGAUGAUGUUGUGUUAUGAUAUUAUGUCUUCUUGUUGCUUUAUUUACAUUUGGUUAAAUAAUUUUUUCUAUCAGUUUUUGUUUGUGGUUUUGAUUUGUAUGACAGGGAAAAAAUUUAGUAUGGUCAUUUAUAGUUAAAUAAAAAUUGUGCUGCAAAUUUAUAAUUCAGUGGUAUCUAUCCAACAAUUCAUCAACCUUUAUCAAUGAAUCAAAUCAAUCAAACUCAAGAUACAGACUACUCCAGUGAUUCUGAUUCAUUCUUUACUCAAUCAGUUUUUAAAGCUCCUCAAAAUACUGAUAGAUUAAGUUCUAAAUCAAGUACGCGAUUAAAGCAUCAAACUGCUGGUAAACAAGAGAUAUUUAAUUGGGCCACAAGAUUAGAAUUAGAAUCCAUUACGUUGAAGGAUACGAUCAAGAAUGAAUUAAUUGGAUCGAUGACUCAAGUGUGUGAUACUCUUGGUAGUUUAACUGAUAAAGUAAGUGUGAAAUUGAAUAAUAUUGAAACUUGCUUACAAUCGAUACAUACAACUUCACCACAACAUAAUCAAUUAGAAAUAGAUAAAAUCUUACAAAAGAUCGAUAUUAAAAUCAAUGCUAAUAAUGAAAUGAUGAUGAAUGAGAUCAAAUCAUACUUUGAAUUAUGGAAAUCACAUCACCUAGAGCAAAAUAUUAUUAAUGAUACAAAAUUGAAAUCAUUAACUGAUGAAGUUCAAUUGUUAAGUAAAUUGGUAAAGACAUGUUCAACUAAGAUUACCAAUACUCAGAAAACAAGUGUACCAACUCAAAUACAGAAGAAACAAGACUUAUUAGCACAAAAUUGUUCAGAAGAAAUUAAAGAGAUUAAACAAUAUUUAAAGUUAUUACUACCUAGAAUGAUUGGGAUUGAGAAUUAUUAUAAAGAUCUUGCAUUGACAUAUUCUCAACUUAAGAAGAAUACUAUUAUACCUACUACAAAUGAUACUACCACAAAGUCCAACUUACCAUUAAUCAAAUAUGAAUCACCAUUAGUAGCAACCGAACCUGAAACUGAAGCCGACCCCGAAGUCAUACCUUGUAAAGUCAUAACCCAAAAGAAGAUCAGAAGUCGUAAGAGAAGAAAAAUUUUAUAGUGAGAGGUAUUCAAACACAGUAACAUACCACGCAACUUUCUUCCAUUUUAGGUCCAGUGAGGAAUUUUUUGUAACGGCUUUUCAAUUAUACGUUACGCCGCAAAACGCUCACAAUUUCCAUUUGCAUCCUCAUCCCAAGAAUUUUAAGAAAAAUACAACUUCUGCAAAAGUUUCCAGAAACAGAAGGGGAAAACUAUGUUGCAAUGUAAUAGUUAAAGCUUAGGCUG